AGAGAAGAAACAACAGAUCAGACCUUCCCCUAAAAACAAAGAGUCCACCCACACAAAGACUCCUCUCUCUCUCUCUCUCUCUCUCUCUCUCUCUCUCUCUCCUUCCUAAUGGCCCAGCUGGACCAAAAUUUAUGUAGAAGAAAAAACACAAAAGAAGGAAACAUGGGGAGAAGAUGGAAGGAAAGAAGGAAAGAUGUCUUCAGACCUAUAGCAACCGAACCACCUUAAAAGUGACUUACCCAGAAAUACCCUUCUGCAACCCUCCGCAAAAAUCUAUCUUCAUCACAACCCAAAAAAAUUUAUUUCCGAUUUAUGUGGGCUUUUCCUUGUUGUCUUGGUCAGAGAGAGUUUCAGUGAAAAGAGGAAUCCUUCUUCCUCUAUUACUUUUAUUUCUCUCUCACCCCUCCCCCCUACACCCAACCCAAAGUCUUAUCUUUCUACAUUUAAUUGAUUGAACGUAUCUUCUUCCCUUCGAGAUUCUUCUUUUCUUUUCUUCUUGUUGUGGGUUUGUGCUUUUUCUUAGCUUUCCUUUCUCUACGGUAUGUCAUGUUGAAGAAGAUGAAGAGGGUUGCGAUGGAUUCUUCUCCUUCGUAUAUGGUUGAAGAGGAUGCUAGAGCCAGGUUCAAGCAUCAAAGUCUCAUGCAGGAUUAUCAAGAAUUGCUUAAGGAUACAGAGGCUUUAAAUAGUCAGUUGCAGAGAACAAAGCAGAAAAGAUCGACUCUCAAAGCUGAAGUCCGCUUCUUGAGGCGAAGAUAUAAACAUCUAGUAGCAGUCCAAACGCCCAGCACCCAAGCUGAACCCGAUCCCCCUAGACUUGUGAACCCUGAAAUCCGAGGUGAACCACUUUCAGAGAAAAGGAAUUACAGGUCAAAGGAAGCCCUAUUACCCAACAAUUCAGUUUUGGAGAAAAGGAGUUACAGAGCAAAGGAAGCUGCCCAAUUACCCAAUCAUACAGUUUUCGACUUGAACCAGGUUUCGAGAGGAGAAGAUGAAGAAGAAUUUCAGGUUUUGGCACCAAUGGGAAUGGAGAAGCCGCCAAAUAACUAUUUGGGGCCUAUUUGUGGAGGAGAUGAACAACCUGCUGAUCUAAACUUAGCUGUUUGUAGAGAUAUUGGUAAUGGGUCUAGUAGACCAGGGAAGAGGAAGAUUACUUGGUCAGAUCAGGUGGCUUUGAAGGUUUAGAUUGCCCUUCUGUAUUAGCUGUUUGGCCAUUUCGGUAUGGCUUUGAAUGGUUUAACCAUCAUCCCUUCUUAGUGUAAUCCAUUUUGGAUUUCCUCUUGGAAUUUGUAUAGGAUAAAGAAUGGAAUUUUAUAGGUCUAUUGUUUAUACAUGAUAUUUGUUGAAACAGUUCUCUACAAAUGAAAAUUUAGAAAUUGUUGAUGCAAUCACCCAUUAUUUUUCAUUGUA